AUGAAUUCUACACGCUUUUUAUCUCGUUCGUUAGGUCGCUAUUCAAAUGCUGCUACUUUUUUAAAACAACAAAGGAAAGUUAUAGUUAAUGCAAGGGCCUUUUCAAUUUUAUCAAGUUCUACAGUCCAAAAAGCUGCUAUUGCUAAGUUUAACUUUUUAAACGGUCCAAAGCACUAUCAACCAAACCAAAUUCGAACAUUAAAAACGCUCGACUUUAGUGGAACCAAAGAAAAUGUAUAUGAACGAUCAGAUUGGCCAAAGGAAAAGUAUCAAAAUUAUUUUAAAGAUGAUACAAUUUCUAUACUUGGAUAUGGGCCACAAGGAAGAGGACAAGGUUUAAAUGCACGCGAUAAUGGAUUAAAUGUUAUCCUUGGACUCAGAGAAGGAAGGAGUUGGAACGAAGCCAUGAAGGAUGGUUGGAUUCCUGGAAAGUCACUCUUUUCUAUUGAAGAGGCAUUGAAAAAAGGGACAAUUAUUUUUAAUCUUUUGUCUGAUGCUGCUCAAAAACAACUUUGGCCCCAAAUUAAACCACAUCUAACAAAAGGGAAGACUUUAUAUUUCUCCCAUGGAUUUUCUAUCGUAUAUAAGGAUGAUACUCUCGUCAUACCUCCAAAGGAUAUUGAUGUAAUUAUGGUUGCUCCAAAAGGAUCGGGAAAAACCGUUCGUACUCUCUUCCUCGAUGGACGUGGCAUAAAUUCUUCUAUUGCAGUUUUCCAAGAUUUUACUGGUAAAGCCAAAGAUAAGGCUGUAGCUCUUGGUGUUGCUAUUGGUUCAGGUUACCUAUAUGAAACAACUUUUGAAAGAGAAGUCUUUUCUGAUCUUGUUGGUGAACGAGGUGUGCUUAUGGGUGCAAUUCAAGGUUUAUUCCUUGCUCAAUAUGAAGUUUUGCGAGCACGUGGACAUACACCUUCCGAAGCGUUUAACGAAACUGUAGAAGAGUCAACACAAUCGUUGUAUCCAUUAAUUGGCGCAAACGGAAUGGAUUGGAUGUAUGCCGCUUGUUCAACUACUGCACAACGUGGCGCUCUCGAUUGGUAUAAACCAUUCCAUGACGCUGUCAAACCAGUUUUCGAAAAAUUAUAUGUUUCUGUUGCUAAUGGAACUGAAACUCGAAGAGUUUUGGAAAAAAAUUCUUUACCAACAUAUCGUGAAGAAUUAGAAAAAGAAUUAAAAGAAAUUAGCGAAAGUGAACUAUGGAGUGCUGGUAAAGUUGUACGAAGUCUCCGUCCAGAAAACAAAUGA